GUCUAUGCUGUAUCAUCAGAGAGAGAAAAGAAACUUCGCGUGUGUGAUUCCAUGGGAUUAUUUUUAAUUCUGUUUAAUUUUAGAUUUAUGUCUUAUUUAUACAUCCAAAAGUUAGUUUGGAAGGUGCAGACGCGAAACUAACACUCAUCGAGCACGCAGGGAAUGCGGAAACAUGUGUUUUGAUGUGAACAUUAAUGGUGAUCGGCGAUGACACCUAAGUGAUUCAAGUCAACAAAUUGUAAUUAUUAUUGGUGUGGGAUCGUAGGACUGCUUUGGGAGUAUUGAGUUUAUGACUACUGUGAAUUGUGAAUACAGGAUUAGUGGAGAUUUCGAUGCCGGCAGGUGUUAUGAACUGAACUGUCCACUUCCGGUCGUAAUGUUGAACUAGAUCUUCUCAAAGCCAGGAUUGUAGUUUCCACGUCCUCGGCAUGGCGGACCCGGGGAUCGGGUCUUCUUUUGACCACAAUGACAUGUCCAGUUGGUACUUCAGUGAUAUGUCGCGGGCCGAGGCGACUAAACUGCUGCUCAACGAGACAGAAAGCGGGGUGUUUCUCGUGAGAGACUCCAAGACUAUACAGGGCGAUUAUGUACUCUGCGUCAGAGAAAAUGACCGAGUGUCACACUACAUAAUAAACCCGGUGGUGUCGCCAGAGGGCGCCACGCGCUACCGCAUAGGCAACCAGCUGUUCUCAGACAUGCCAGCCCUUCUGUCCUUCUACAGGUCACACUACCUGGACACGACGCCCCUGGUGCGGCCGCUGCCGAAGCCCUCGGCGAAGGCGCCGCAGUCACAGCACGUGUUGGAGAUUGUUAUAGCCAAGUUUGACUUCCUCGGCAGCGACCCGGACGAUCUGCCUUUCCGGCGCGGCGAGAAGCUGAUGGUGAUCAACCGGGACGAGGAGCAGUGGUGGACCGCCAAGAACGCGCAGGGCCGCACCGGCUCCAUACCCGUGCCUUACGUGCAGAGGAUUGUGGACGCGACGGGCGCGGCGGGCGAGGCCCCCCCCGACCCCCCCUCACCGCACAACAACAAGCACACCAACAUGCAGAGAACGCUGCCAGCGUUAGCGCGCGUGCGACAGUCGCGGGUCCCCAACGCGUACGACAAAACUGCGCUCAAAUUAGAGGAAGGAGACGUCGUUAAGGUUAUAAAAAUGAACAUGAACGGACAGUGGGAGGGUGAGCUGAAUGGAAAAAUUGGACACUUCCCAUUCACAUACGUCGAGUUCAUUGACGACCUCAACAGCUAAGCUGCCAAGGUCAGGGUCAAGGUCAAACCAACUGGAAUCAACCUUUAUCGUCCUGGCCGCAUUCUCGAUUGUAACGCUGCAAAGCCCUGGGUUAAUCAACGUUUGAAUUUUGAAGAAUCUGCUGUGAGUUUACUUCAGUCGUCUGAUUUCAACCCCUUUUUGGGAAUGCUUUGUUCCCUAUCUGUCAAGGCUUCUUAUCCCUUAGUCGCCUUAUACGACUUCUCGGAUACGGAGAGCUAUUCUAGGGCGGGAACCAUACGCCCAAAUAAUAUUAAUAAAGGUCGUAAUAUAUUUCUACCGCACCGCUCCCACCCGGCAAUAUGAUGUUCAUUGAAAAAUGGACUUUAAAGCAUCCGCCGUCGACAUAAUUUAAAUUGGCGGAGUGCACGCUGUCAUCUCUCGUCUUGUCAAUGUAAAGUAUGUCUACAGCGGACGCGUUAAAGGUGACUUUGUAAUGAACGUCAUCAUGCUGGGUGGGAGUCGUAGUUUAAGAUCUUUAAUAUUACAUAACAGACACUCCACAGUAUACAAAGUAAAGCUAAACAGUCACUAUUAGUAAUUCACAGAAUUUUUGUGAUGCGGCAAAUAGAAGAGACAUAUGUUU